AUGGCAAAACCCAACCACAUCCGAUCUAUUAGCUUUCCCAGCAGAUCACAUCCAAGCAUCCACAAAGUGGAAGAAGAGCUGACAAAGCUCAAAACAUUACAAGUGUCUGCUGCUCCGGAAGCAGCUACAAUGUGCAGUGGUCUUCUUGGUUUAGAACAGCUUUACAAGUGCAUGGAUGAUCUUCUUAACUUGCCACAAACCCUUCAAGCCCUCUCCCAAAAUCAAAAUAAGAAAUGGGUUGAUGGCUUAUUGGAGAAAUCUGUGACGCUUCUUGCUAUUUGUGGUCUAGCAAGAGACUGCAUCUCUCAGUUGAAAGAACACUUGAGAGAUCUCCAAUCCUCCCAAAGGAGAAGAAAGGGAGAUUCAAGUUCUGAACCCAGCAUCACCAAAUACUCUUCAUUCGUAAAGAAGAUGAACAAGGAUGCAAAAAAGGCAAUUGCAGCUAUGAAGAAAAUGGAUGAUGAGAUUGAUGGAUCAACACCCUUAGAUGUGCAUCAUGAUAUUUCAGCAGUGAUUAGAGCAUUAAGAGAAGCAAGUGCAGUGAGCACCUCUAUUUUCCAGUCUGUCAUGCUUUUCUUGUCUGUGCCAGUUUCGAAGCCUAAGCCAUCUAGGUGGUCACUGGUCUCAAAAUUGGUACAAAAUGGAAGAGUAGCUUGUGAAUACAACACUUGCAAUCUGGAGACUUUGGAAGCUGAACUUGAUGAUAUUGAGAACACAAUGCAAAGCAUUUUUAGGCAGGAGGAAACAGAUCUUUGCCAACUCAAUGUUGAUAUAAUGAUAGCAUUACAGGUUUUUAAUAAGUUCUUGACGCAAGAGGUUCUUGCAGCUGAAACAGAUGGAAUAAGCCAUAUGUUUCUUGACUAA